AUGAGGUUCUGGCUGAGAAAUGAAGAGAUGGCCCUGGAGGAAAUGGUGCAGAGAUUGAAUGCGGUUUCCAAGCGCACUGAUGAAAUCAUGCACCACGACAUCAGCCCGCUCUGUGCUGCCGACAUCCAGGACCAGCUGCAGAAGCGCUUUGCUUACCUGUCUGGUGGGCGGGGGCAGGACGGCAGCCCCGUCAUCACCUUCCCCGACUACCCGGCCUUCGGUGACGUCCCCGACAAGGAGUUCCAGAAUGUCAUGACCUAUCUCACCAGCAUCCCCAGCCUGCAGGAUGCUGGCAUCGGGUUCAUCCUGGUCAUAGACCGCAGGCAGGACAAAUGGACCUCAGUCAAGGCGUCCAUCCUGAGAAUAGCGGCGUCCUUCCCGGCAAACCUCCAGCUUGUCCUCGUUCUGCGCCCAACGGGAUUUUUCCAAAGGACGCUCUCUGACCUCGCCUUCAGGUUCAACAGAGAUGACUUUAAGAUGAAGGUACCGGUCAUAAUGCUGAGCUCCGUCCCAGAAUUACACAGUUACAUUGACAAGUCCCAGCUGACCGAGGACCUGGGCGGGACACUGGAUUACUGCCACUCCAGGUGGCUCUGCCACCGCACAGCGAUAGAGAGCUUCGCCCUCCUGGUUAAGCAGACAGCUCAGAUGCUGCAGGCCUUCGGGACCGAGCUUGCCGAGACGGAGCUGCCCAACGACGUACAGUCCACGAGCUCCGUGCUCCGUGCCCACACGGAGAAGAAGGACAGGGUCAAGGAGGACAUGAGGCUGGCGCUGGACGAGGGGCGGAACGUCCUGGAGAGCAUCCGGGAGCCGCUGGCCCAGGGCCCGGAGCAGAACCCGAACCAGGACCAGCUGGACAGUCAGAGCACCGUGCAGAGGCUCCUGGCCCAGCUGAAUGAAACCGAGGCCGCCUUUGAUGAGUUUUGGGCAAAACAUCAGCAAAAACUGGAGCAGUGCCUGCAGCUCCGGCAUUUCGAGCAGGACUUCCGAGAGGUCAAAGCCGCCUUGGACGUGUUGGCCCAGAAGAUCACGACCUUCACCGACGUGGGGAACAGCCUGGCGCACGUGGAGCACCUCCUGAAGGACCUGGCCAGUUUUGAGGAGAAGUCCAGUGCGGUGCGGCAUCGGGCCCGCGCCCUGGCCCUGGCAGGCGAGCGGCUCAUGGAGCUGACACACUACGCUGUGGACUCCAUCCGCCCCAAGUGCCACGAGCUUCGCCAGCUGUGUGACCAGUGUGCAGCCGCCGUCGGCCGGAGGAGAGGGCUGCUGGGCAGGGCGCUGGACCUGCACAGCCUCCUCGAGGCGUCCAUGAAGUGGUGCGACGAGGGCAUCUACCUGCUGGCCUCGCAGCCGGUGGACAAGUGCCAGUCCCAGGACGGCGCCGAGGCGGCCCUCCAGGAAAUCGAGAAGUUUUUGGAGACGGGUGCGGAAAAUAAGAUCCAGGAGCUCAGUAAAAUCUACCAGGACUACGAGCCCAUCCUCACCCGAGACCUGCUGGAGCACGUGCAGAAGGUCUUCCGGAAGCAGGAGAGCGUGGAGGAGAUGUUUCACCGGAGAGAGGCGAGCCUCAAGAAGCUGGCAGCCAAGCAGAUGCGGCCCGUGCAGCCGGUGGCCCCCCGGCCAGAGGCGCCCACGAAGUCGCCCUGCCCCUCCCCGGGCAUCCGGAGAGGUUCCGAGAACCACAGUUCUGAGGGCAGCGUGCUCCGGAGGGGGCCCUACAGGAGGGCCAGGAGUGAAGCGAGUGAGGGCCGGCAGGGCCGCGGCCGCUCCACCGGGGACGAGGAGAGCCUGGCCGUCCUGCGGAGGCACGUGAUGAACGAGCUUCUGGACACAGAGCGGGUCUACGUGGAGGAGCUGCUGUGCAUUCUGGAGGGCUAUGCUGCUGAGAUGGACAACCCUUUAAUGACACAUCUCAUCUCAACGGGACUUCAAAACAAGAAGGAUGUUCUGUUUGGAAACAUGGAAGAAAUUUACCACUUUCAUAACAGAAUAUUCCUGAGGGAGCUGGAGAACUACAUAGACUGCCCAGAGCUGGUUGGAAGGUGUUUUCUAGAAAGGAUGGAGCAGUUCCAGGUCUACGAGAAGUACUGCCAGAACAAGCCGCGCUCCGAGAGCCUGUGGAGACAGUGCUCCGACUGCCCGUUCUUCCAGGAAUGCCAGAAGAAGCUGGACCACAAGCUGAGCCUCGACUCCUACCUGCUGAAGCCAGUCCAGAGGAUCACCAAGUACCAGCUGCUGCUCAAGGAAAUGCUGAAAUACAGCAGGAGCUGUGAGGGGGCGGAGGACCUGCAGGAGGCCCUGAGCUCCAUCCUGGGCAUCCUCAAGGCGGUGAACGACUCCAUGCACCUGAUUGCCAUCACGGGCUAUGAGGGGAACCUGAGCGAUUUGGGGAAGCUGCUGAUGCAGGGCUCCUUCAGCGUCUGGACGGACCACAAGAAGGGCCAUGCCAAGGUGAAGGACCUGGCCAGGUUCAAGCCCAUGCAGCGCCACCUGUUCCUGCACGAGAAGGCCGUGCUCUUCUGUAAGAAGCGGGAGGAGAACGGCGAGGGCUACGAGAAGGCCCCGUCCUACAGCUUCAAGCAGUCGCUGAACAUGACAGCCGUUGGUAUAACGGAGAACGUGAAAGGGGAUGCGAGGAAAUUCGAGAUCUGGUACAACGCCAGAGAGGAGGUGUACAUCGUGCAGGCACCGACUCCUGAAAUCAAGGCCGCCUGGGUGAGCGAGAUCCGGAAGGUGCUGACGGGCCAGCUGCAGGCGUGCAGAGAGGCCAGCCAGCACCGAGCCCUGGAGCAGUCCCACAGCCUGCCCCUGCCCGCGCCCACCGGCACCAGUCCCUCUAAAGGGAACACAAAAAACGUCAGAAAGUUGGAAGAAAGAAAAACGGACCCGCUGAACCUGGAGGGAUACGUGGGCCCCGCGCCACUGCCGAGGCCCCCCGAGAAGGGCAGAGAUGACGCGGUCACUAGCUCUACCUCAGAAAGCUCUGCGCUUUCCAGAAAGCGCUUCACCCUGCAGAGCUUUGCUGCCCUCAAGGGUCAGAAAGCCUCUCCUACCAGUCCCGACAAAAAAGCUAAGCGACACCAAGUAAAGAGCGACCCAACGCCUUUUGGUUUACGAGGUUGGACCAAAACGUCUCACCCGUCAGAGGCUCCUGAGGACAACGAUGGCUGGUCCAGUGCCGAGGAGCCGGUCAACUCCUCGGACGCAGAGGAGGAAGGCAGAGUGGGCCUCAGGAAGCUGGUCCCCGGGAGGUACACCGUCACGGGGCUGGACGAGAAGGGGGGCCCCGACGCGCUGGUCCUGAGGAGCGGGGACGAGGUGGAGCUGGUGCAGGAGGGCGACGAGGGCCUCUGGUUCGUGCGGAACCUGAGCUCCGGCGGCGAGGGCUGGCUGCCAGCCCGCAACCUGUCCUCGCUCCUCGGCCAACGCGGCGCCCCCGGGUGCCUGAGCAGCCCAGAGUCCAGCGCGGGGUCCGCCCUGCUGAGCGCCUCGUCCAGCUGCAGCGAGAGCUGCGCGGCCGCCCUCGCGGACCUGCAGGGGUAG